CAUCGACCUGCAAUUGGCUGAGGUGAUUUUUUUUCUCCGAAGGGGCGUAUUUUUCAAGCCAUCUUGACUGAAUAUUUAGCCUCAUCCAAGAGACUGGAGUAAAAUCCCAUGCGGACGGUGCAGAAGUGGGAAUGCAAGACAUUUGUUAGAGGACUCAAGAUGGGAAGGGGUCGAGGAAGAGGGAGAGGAAGAGGCAGGGGAUCUUCUGGUCAGCUGCGGCCCCCCUCGCCGUACAGACUGCAGCUCUCCCCAUCCAGGGAGACCUUGACAUAUGCUCAGGCCCAGAAAAUUGUGGAAGUGGACCUCGACGGAAGGCUCCAUCGAAUUAACAUCACAGAUCUUCUGCCGGUUAUUACAGAGGAUGAAAUGAUGGCCCAGGACAUCGCAGAGUGCAACAGCAACAAGGAAAACAGCGAGCAAACGCAGAGUAAAAGCAAGUCAUGGAGGAAACCCUCAAACAAUAAAAGCAGAAGGAGCAAUAAAAACGUGUCUCAACAGAAUCAGAGGUCUAGCUCUCAGCAGCAUACUGGAUCCACUUAUUCCUUCCAGCACCCUUCCCAAACCCCUCUGCCUGAGCCCACCUUUCGUGUGCUGGGUUCAGCAUCUCCUUCUGAAGCUCCUCCUCUCCCAGUAGCAUACUACCGUUACAUAGAACAGUCUGGGGAGGAGCAGGACAGUGUGGCCGAGUACGACAUGGACGAGGAGGACUUGGCUUGGCUGGAGAUGGUGAACCAAAAGAGAGUGUCUGAUGGCCACGCGUCUGUCUCUGCAGACACUUUUGAGCUUCUGAUCGAUCGCCUGGAAAGGGAGUCGAUCCUCGAAUCCCGCAGCCAGGCUCUGUCUCAGAAUGCUGUUGACGAGGACGCCUUCUGCUGUGUCUGCUUGGAUGACGAAUGUCUGAACAGCAACGUCAUCCUGUUCUGUGACAUCUGCAACCUGGCCGUCCACCAGGAGUGCUAUGGUGUGCCCUAUGUACCUGAAGGCCAGUGGCUGUGCCGCUGCUGCCUCCAGUCGCCGUCCCGCCCCGUAGACUGUGUGCUCUGUCCAAACCGAGGAGGUGCCUUCAAGCAGACAAGUGAUGGACGAUGGGCUCAUGUAGUGUGUGCCAUAUGGAUCCCAGAGGUUUGCUUUGCUAACACGGUGUUCUUAGAGCCCAUCGAGGGAGUUAAGAACAUCCCUCCUGCUCGCUGGAAGCUCACAUGCUAUUUGUGUAAGCAGAAAGGCAGGGGAGCAUCCAUUCAGUGCCACAAAGCCAACUGUUACAGGGCUUUUCACGUCACCUGCGCCCAGAAGGCUGGUCUGUACAUGAAAAUAGAUCCGGUCCGAGAGACCGGCGUUAACGGCACCACCUUCUCUGUGAAGAAGACUGCUUUCUGUGAGCACCACUCCCCUGUUGGCUCUCGGCGGGACGGGUCUGGAGAUGAGUCGGUGGAAGGAAGGAUGGUAGGGGGAAGGGGUAACCGAGGUCAGAGGUCAUAUACGCAAAGCUCACCGUCACCCACCAACAAGAAGGCAACCAAAGGUCAGAAAAAGAAGAAUUCCAAAGGGUCUGGUUCACGUCGCUCCAAUAUUCCAGUGCUGCUUGUGCCUCAGAUCCCUUCCCACAGGCUGAACAAGAUCUGCACAGGAGUUGAAGUACAGAGAAAAAAUCAAUUCAUGCAGAGACUUCAUAAUUAUUGGUUACUGAAACGUCAGUCACGAAAUGGCAUGCCUUUAAUACGCCGGCUUCAUUCCCAUCUACAAGCUCACAAGACUGCAGAGCAGCGAGAGCCUGAUGAAAAACUGAGUGCAGCAAGAGAAGAACUGCGAUACUGGCAAAAGUUGAGGCAAGACCUGGAAAGAGCGCGACUUUUGGUGGAGCUCAUUCGCAAGAGAGAGAGGUUAAAGAGAGAACAGAUGAAAAUCCAGCAAGCUGCCCUUGAGUUAACGUUGACUCCUGCUCUGGUGCUUUUGCAAUCCACCUUAGACCAGCUGCAAGAGAAAGACACAGCCAAAAUCUUCUCUCAGCCUGUCAAUCUUUCAGAGGUCCCAGAUUAUCUGGAGUUUAUAUCCCAACCCAUGGAUUUCUCUACCAUGCGUACCAAACUAGAGAGACAUGCCUAUUGCUCAAUUGGAGACCUCGAGAAGGACUUUGAUCUCAUGAUCUCUAACUGCUUGAAAUACAACUCCAAGGACACCUUGUUCCACAAAACAGCUUUACAGCUGCAGGAAGUGGGGGGAGCCAUCCUCCGUCAUGCCCACAGGCAGUCCCAGACCGUUGGCCUUGACCCCAACACUGGCAUGCAUCUGCCGGAAGCACCGAACAAACACGGCUUCUACCAUUGCACAUGGGAAGAUGUGGAUUCACUCCUGGAUCCAGAAAACAGACUGCACCUUACCACAGAGGAGCAGCUCAAAGCUUUACUGGAUAAACUGGAUAUAGUCGCGUCGAUGCACACCAGUGGUGGUCGCACCAAACGCAUUAGGCUGCUGCGCCGAGAAAUCAACACUCUGAGACAGAAGAUGAACCAGGAGCAGCAAAGUGCUCGGGCUGUAAACGGAAACAACAGGGAUGAAGAGGAAAAUGGGGAGGAGGAGGAGGAGGAGGAGAUGGAGGAGGAACAGCCAAAGAGGGGGAGGAAAAAAAAGGAGCUUGCAGAAAAUGGCCCUUUAACUGCAGUGACAAACUCCGCAACGGAUGACUCUCCACCUGUCCUAGAGCUUACCUGUCCAGUAUCAUCACCCCUACCAGGAGACGCCCCUCUGGAGCCUCCUGUCCUGGGCAUUGUGACAGGAGGACGGAGGUCACCUGGGCGUUCCUACAAGCGCCAGAGGUCCUCGCGCAGUGGAAGCAAAAGCCAAGGUGAAGACGAGGCAGAGGUGGGAGAAACGCCUUCGUCUCAACCUGAGGCCAUUCACGAGGUCACGCCCCUCGGCACACCUCCAACCCUGACCAUGGCUGGAGUGGGCCGUCGCACAUCUGUUCUGUUUAAGAAAGCUAAAAAUGGGGCACGGAUGGUAAAGAACAAGUCCACUCCAUGGCAGAAUGGGAAACCCACUGAAGAGAAAACCAAUGGGCUGGAUAGAACUCCUAUUAGCCCGGACUCAACCAGUGCGAACACAACCACCUUACCUCCUACUCCCAACACCUCCCCUACCCCUCCCUCUCCUUCGUCGCACCACUUGAGGUCCAGAGGCCCCAGUUCAGAGAAUGAAGCUGACAAGCCUCCUGCACACCCCAUAGAGGAAGGUCUGACAAAUGGGAAGCACACUUCUGCAGACCUGGAAGAAGAUGAUGAUGACGACGAUGAUGAGGAUGACUCAAACCUAACCGCUUCCUCUCCCAAACGUAGCCGGGGUAAACCAGCAAUGGCAAAAGUUCCAAGCAAAGAAAAUGGAGACAUUUCUGCAUCUGGAAAGUCUACACUUCUGUCUUUAGAUAGUAAAACUGAACUUUCAGCACUGGACCUAGUUUGGGCAAAAUGUAGAGGAUAUCCUUCCUACCCAGCAAUGAUUGUUGAUCCAAACAUGCCUCAGGAAGGACUCCUUCACAAUGGCAUCCCCAUCCCAGUGCCUCCUGUGGAGGUGCUCAAACUGGGCGAAUGGAGAAAAACAGAAGAGGAUGAAAAGCUCUUCUUAGUGCUCUUCUUUGAUACCAAAAGAACUUGGCAGUGGCUCCCUCGAAACAAACUACUGCCGAUGGGGAUAGACGACACUGUAGACAAACUGCGCCUGAUGGAAGGGAAGAAACCCAGCGUUCGCAAGUCUGUACACACUGCUUAUGACCGGGCAAUGGUGCAUUUAAACCACGUGAGAGGAAAUCUUAACUUCACUCCCUCCAAUUUUAUAUAAAUUUUAAUUUAAAGAUCUAAUUUUAAACAACCUGACUGGUGAUAUGUAAAAAUGUGAGAAAGUGUACACCAUUUCCAAAAGGUAACGAUAUUUGAUCCCUUUUUAUUGCAUAAAAUAGUGAAGAUUUUUGAAAUUCAGAAAGAAAUUGCUCAGAAUUUUUCAUAGAUCAAUUUAAUUUAUUCAUGUACAUUUUUUAAACAAUGGGUUUUUACACAGCUGUUGCUAUAUGUUCAUAUGAAGUUUUUAUCUUUGGCCAAAGUGAGUUUAGGCUCGUUUGAGAGAAGCAUAUUUGUUUAUCUGUCAAAGGGAUCGUUGUGAUUCAGAAUAUAUAGAUUGUAUUUGCUAUUGAAAUGUCACUGUGUUUAAUAAAGUGUGAAAGUCCCACGUUAAUGUUCACGUCAUACCUGGACUCUGUGGUGGUCUCCCCAGAAACUGUCAAAGGUUUUAUUUUAACCUCAGAAUACAUUUAAUCUUCAAUAAGCUGCACAAAAUUCAGCUUUUUUUUGGCUGCAAUUAUUCUUCUACUGCAGGUACGGACAUUAGAUUCCCUAUUUUGCCCUUACUAGAGCACAACUGACUCUUCACUGAACAAUAACUCUCUGCUUAUUAAGCACAUUAAGAAGUGUGAAACCACAACUAAACUGAUGUUUUAUUUGCACGGUUGCCACUGCUAACAUUGGAACUUUUAGUCCAGCUACGACGUGUUGUUGGUGGGACUUUUAACUGUGUUUGAUGACUUUUUUCCAUAUUGUGAAACUGUUCUGCGAUCCUAGAAUGUUGAAGUGGCCGGUGCAGUUCCCUGGUCUUAAAGCCACUAACAAAGGUGAAGCAGAUAAAUCUGCUGUGAUAACUUACUGAAGGCCUAGAAUUUAUUUGCAAAUCUGGCUGAAAAGACUUGAAAAGCACAAAUGCUCUGGUUUAAAAUAAAUAAUUAAAUCAAAACUUUUGAGAUAGGAGUUUCCUGGGGCCAUAUGUGGCAUACCUACUGUGUACAGCUUGUACAUAUAUGUAUACAAGCUCAGUGUGGUAAAAGUGCAUGUGUAUAGUUCUGUAAAUAUGUAAAUGUAUGUUUAUAUUUGCUUACAUGAAGUAAUUUAAGGAAUGCAAAAAUCAAAUAUAGAUUUUAAUUUAUACAUUUGUUGCAGUAGAGGUGUUAUUUAAAAAGUAAAAUAUUGAACAGAAAUAUGUAUGAUCUAAGUAGCUCUUUGUAAUAGUGAAAUUUGCCAACAUGUUGGUGGAAAAUAUUCUGUGAAAGUGAGGUGGCACAAGACCUUAACUCUAGGCAGCUGUGUUUGCGUUUGCCUACUUUUUUUCCUUUCUUGGUGGUACAGAUUUUUGAUCUUGUAAUUUGAAAUAGUUCUACAAGAUCUAGUCUGCCUGAGACGAUAUUUUCUCACAGAAGAAUAAAUGCUGUUUGAAAAACCUG